AUGUCUGCCUUACCAAUAUUGGUGAAACGAGCUUUCUCCUUCGACCAAAGUCCCCCCAGAAAUGAGCCGCCCAGCUCGCCAGCAAAAAAGCGCCGAGUCGAUGGCGUUGACGAAAUUUGUUUUGAUACACCUGUUCAUUCUGGUGGCUCCACAGAUUUUCAAAUCCAGAACAUAGACAAAACAAUCGCCGCCAUUGAACGUGCGUCCAGCUUAAGGAGUGCAUAUGGAGAUGAAAAUUUGCCAAUAGAAUGCAACUGUCCGCCCCUGCGUGGCCGUUCUGACUAUCGUCUUUGGCGGCGCAGGAUCAGACUCGUUCUCAGCCACAAUUUCCUCCUGGAACUAAUUGAUGGCGAAUUCGCUAAACUCCCCCGAUCACAUCGCUUGGAAUACGAACUAGAUCGAUUGAAAGCGGCUGCGGAAAUGAUCAUUAAUAACAAUCUGUCUCCUAUCACCAAGCCAAUUGUGCGCAAUCUGCAUGAACCGCAUGAGAUGUGGGAGAAGCUGGAGAAGCACUGCAAACCCUCUGAUUGGAGUUGUACACGAUCGGGCUGGCUUGACCUGCAGAAUAUCAGAUACAGCCAAUGUUCUGAUAUUUGGGAAUAUGUGUAUAGGGUAGAUGAUGCAUGGAGGUGCAUCUGUCUUGACAGGGAGGAUGUCCUAGAGAAACAUGAAUUGGCACGUUGUGCGAGCCUGAUGUGUGGUCUGGACGCGCCGAAAUGGGAAGGUUGGAAGAUGGGGUUGCUUUCUGGCCGCAAGGCUAAUAUACCGAGCUGGGAAGACCUUGUGGAAAGUCUGACCUUAGCAGAAGAUAAGGGUCUUGUGUGUGAUGCGAUUGGCAUGGCAAUCUGA